AACGUCACAAAAGCCCUGCAACACUUUUGGCAUCUCUUCAGAUUCUCCGUCUCUUCUUCUUCUUCUCCAAAAAGCCAAAAUUCCCAAACCCUCUAGGUUUCAAUCUUCAAAAUUCCACCUCAAAAUCUGCUGAAUUGAAUCGCAAUCAUGGCUCAAGCAGUUGAAGAAUGGUACAAGCAGAUGCCGGUGAUCACCAGAUGGUAUCUCACCGCCGCUGUCGUCACCAGUAUCGGUUGCUCCCUCGAUAUAAUCUCGCCUCACAAUUUGUACUUGAACCCUAUACUAGUGGUUAAGCAGUAUCAACUGUGGCGCCUCAUCACUAAUUUCCUGUACUUUCGAAAGAUAGACUUGGAUUUUCUGUUCCACAUGUUCUUCCUUGCUCGGUACUGCAAGCUUCUUGAAGAGAACUCAUUCAGGGGAAGGACGGCUGAUUUCUUUUACAUGCUCUUAUUCGGUGCGUCUGUGUUGACUGGGAUAGUUCUGGUUGGAGGAAUGAUACCUUAUUUGUCAGAGUCGUUUGCAAAGAUUAUAUUCCUAAGCAACUCGCUAACAUUCAUGAUGGUCUAUGUGUGGAGCAAGCAAAACCCUUUCAUCCAUAUGAGUUUCUUGGGACUCUUUAAUUUCACCGCAGCCUACCUACCAUGGUUUCUUCUAGGCUUCUCUGUCCUUGUCGGGGCAAGCGCUUGGGUGGAUCUCCUGGGAAUGAUUGCUGGUCAUGCGUAUUAUUUUCUGGAAGAUGUUUACCCUCGAAUGACAGGUCGUCGGCCAUUGAGAACCCCCUCAUUUAUCAAAGCACUAUUUGCAGAUGAGGCUGUUGUGGUGGCACGGCCAGCAAAUGUGAGAUUUGCGCCUCCACCUGUUGAGGAACUUCACCAAGAUUGAUGAAACGUUAAGGAAAGACGGGUCGAUGGGGCUUAGCUAUGGGAUAUUUAUCUGGAAAUAGUCAUGGCUCUGGCUUCUAGGAUGGAUUUUGUGCUCUGUAAUAUAUAGAGAUAUACAAUGAUAUGCUAAAUUGCUAAUUACUUUUUGUGAAUUUGUUAAAGUUCAAAGCUCAUCAAUGCGCGAUCAAAGUGCUGUUUCUGUC